GGCUGUGAAAGCACCUUGGGAAAGCAGGGCUGUGAAAGCACCUUGGGAAAGCAGGGGUGUGAAAGCACCUUGGGAAAGCAGGGCUGUGAAAGCACCUUGGGAAAGCAGGGCUGUGAAAGCACCUUGGGAAAGCAGGGCUGUGAAAGCACCUUGGGAAAGCAGGAGUGUGAAAGCACCUUGGGAAAGCAGGAGUGUGAAAGCACCUUGGGAAAGCAGGGCUGUGAAAGCACCUUGGGAAAGCAGGGCUGUGAAAGCACCUUGGGAAAGCAGGGCUGUGAAAGCACCUUGGGAAAGCAGGGCUGUGAAAGCACCUUGGGAAAGCAGGGCUGUGAAAGCACCUUGGGAAAGCAGGGCUGUGAAAGCACCUUGGGAAAGCAGGGCUGUGAAAGCACCUUGGGAAAGCAGGGCUGUGAAAGCACCUUGGGAAAGCAGGGCUGUGAAAGCACCUUGGGAAAGCAGGGCUGUGAAAGCACCUUGGGAAAGCAGGGCUGUGAAAGCACCUUGGGAAAGCAGGGCUGUGAAAGCACCUUGGGAAAGCAGGGCUGUGAAAGCACCUUGGGAAAGCAGGGGUGUGAAAGCACCUUGGGAAAGCAGGGAUGUGAAAGCACCUUGGGAAAGCAGGGGUGUGAAAGCACCUUGGGAAAGCAGGGCUGUGAAAGCACCUGGGGAAAGCAGGGGUGUGAAAGCACCUUGGGAAAGCAGGGAUGUGAAAGCACCUGGGGAAAGCAGGAGUGUGAAAGCACCUGGGGAAAGCAGGGCUGUGAAAGCACCUUGGGAAAGCAGGGGUGUGAAAGCACCUUGGGAAAGCAGGGCUGUGAAAGCACCUUGGGAAAGCAGGGCUGUGAAAGCACCUUGGGAAAGCAGGAGUGUGAAAGCACCUUGGGAAAGCAGGGCUGUGAAAGCACCUUGGGAAAGCAGGGCUGUGAAAGCACCUUGGGAAAGCAGGGCUGUGAAAGCACCUUGGGAAAGCAGGGCUGUGAAAGCACCUUGGGAAAGCAGGGCUGUGAAAGCACCUGGGGAAAGCAGGAGUGUGAAAGCACCUUGGGAAAGCAGGCUGUGAAAGCACCUUGGAAAGCAGGGCUGUGA